GGCAGAGGCAGUAGCACCUCACGUUCCCCCCACAUCGCCUCUCCUGGUUGCUGGAAGUUAGGGUUGGCUCGCCCCAGAUCUGGUCACCGGCAGCUGGCUUCCCUGAGACCAGGUUUCCGGCACCUCCCAGGGACCAUGCAUCAGUCCUACUGACCCAGGAGUAGGGGCCUGUGGGGGCACCUGGGAUGGGCUGUGUGUUCUGCAAGAAGUUGGAACCUGCAUCCAAGGAGGAUGUGGGCCUGGAAGGGGACUUCCAGAGCCAAGAGGCUGAAGAACGCUAUUACCCUGACCCCACUCAAGGCCGGUCUUCGUCCACCUUUCCUCAGCCCACCAGCCCUGCUUUCCUUAAUGCUGGCAACAUGAGAAGCAUCUCAGGGACUGGAGUGACCACUUUCGUCGCCCUGUAUGACUAUGAGGCCAGGACAGGGGAUGACCUCACCUUCACCAAAGGCGAGAAGUUCCAUAUCCUGAACAAUUCGGAGUAUGACUGGUGGGAGGCUCGCUCCCUGAGCUCCGGACACACUGGCUAUGUUCCCAGCAACUACGUGGCUCCUGCGGAUUCCAUCCAGGCUGAAGAGUGGUACUUUGGAAAGAUCAGUAGAAAGGAUGCAGAAAGGCAACUUCUCUCCUCUGGCAACCCUCAGGGAGCAUUUCUUAUCAGGGAAAGUGAGACCACCAAAGGUGCCUACUCCCUGUCCAUCCGUGACUGGGACCAGAGCAGAGGUGACCACAUAAAGCAUUAUAAAAUCCGGAAGCUGGACACGGGAGGCUACUACAUCACCACUCGGGCCCAGUUCGAAUCUGUGCAGGACCUGGUGCGGCACUACAUGGAAACGAAUGAUGGUCUGUGCUACUUGCUCACGGCGCCCUGCACCACCAUGAAGCCUCAGACUCUAGGCCUGGCCAAGGAUGCCUGGGAGAUCGACCGUAGCUCCAUAGCGCUUGAACGCAGGCUGGGCACUGGCUGCUUUGGAGACGUGUGGCUGGGCACGUGGAACUGCAGCACAAAGGUGGCAGUGAAGACGCUGAAGCCGGGCACCAUGUCCCCGAAGGCCUUCCUGGAGGAGGCACAGAUCAUGAAGCUGCUGAGGCACGACAAGCUGGUGCAGCUGUACGCGGUGGUGUCAGAGGAACCCAUUUAUAUUGUCACAGAGUUCAUGUGCUAUGGUAGCUUGCUGGAUUUCCUAAAAAAUCGAGAGGGUCAGAACUUGGUGCUGCCCCAUCUAGUGGACAUGGCUGCCCAGGUAGCUGAGGGCAUGGCCUACAUGGAGCGCAUGAACUAUAUUCACCGAGACCUGAGAGCAGCCAACAUCCUGGUGGGGGAGCAUCUAAUAUGUAAGAUCGCUGACUUCGGGCUGGCACGCCUCAUAGAGGACAAUGAGUAUAAUCCCCAACAAGGAACCAAGUUCCCCAUCAAGUGGACAGCCCCAGAGGCUGCCCUCUUUGGCAGAUUCACUGUCAAAUCAGACGUGUGGUCCUUUGGGAUUCUGCUCACUGAACUGAUCACCAAGGGUAGAGUUCCUUACCCAGGCAUGAACAACCGGGAAGUGCUGGAACAGGUAGAACAUGGCUACCACAUGCCAUGCCCUCCAGGGUGCCCGACAUCCCUGUAUGAAGUCAUGGAGCAAACCUGGCGUCUGGAUCCAGAGGAGAGGCCCACCUUUGAGUACCUGCAGUCUUUCCUGGAAGACUAUUUUACCUCCACGGAACCACAGUAUCAGCCCGGAGACCAGACAUAGCCUGAUUGGGUAUCAGUGACCCUCUGGCAGUAUGUACUUGUCCUUGCCAAUCGCCAAUCCCCAGGGUGCUCUGGUCUCAGUGCUCCAAGACUUGGAACCCUGUGGAAUCCUAGCAUAUCAGAGAAGGCCUGAAGCUCUGAAGCCAUUUUAUAGAGGGUACAAAUGGAGACUAGGAAUUCAUCCCUUGCCUUCCCUGACCCCAAGCACUUUUUCUUCCCUUCCCACCCAUGCCCCAUCCAAAAAUCUAGGGCACCCCACUCAUUUCACAGAUGAAGUAAAUGGAUGCUCAGAGCUCGUCUCUCGCACACUCUGACCCCAGUACUAUUUUCCCCAUGCCAUUAGGCUUCUACAUACUGUUAGCUUCUCUCUCCCAUUUCCUAAAAAUACUCAUACUUUGUCUAGUUAUUUAUAAAAUUGUAUUUCUCUUCUGCCA